AUGGCGAACGAUCUGAAUUGCAUCAGCACAUUCUUCAAUUUAAGUUCCAGAACAGACACAUCCCUGAGCUCUCAAGAAAGUCAGACCUCAAUAGAUUCCGAGACAGAUGGGCUGAGCUUAUCUCAGCUAACAAUACAAGAACCGGAUCCUAUGAACAUAUGCCCUUUUUUCAACAUAACCCCGAGGAUAAUGCCCCAAUCACCACAUUACAUAAUCGAAGAGGAAUUCUUUCAGAACCCGUGGGCAAUGCUGAUUGCCACAAUAUUUCUUACAAAGACAUCCGGGAAGAUGGCUCGACCGUAUAUAAAAAACUUUUUUGAGAAUUAA